UCAUCCUUUAUAAACCUAGUGCUGUCUCAUUUAUUGCUGAUAACUGAAAGCUGCUUACUUGGGUAAUUUAAAGUCUGUGUUUUAAUAGUGGUGUUGGUUUAGCCUUACAGACCUUUGGAGCAGUCAGGAUGACAGGGCGAGCAGCCCUGUAGUGAGCUUAUCAGAGGGUCAAAGGGCCAAAACUAGGAAAAGCGAAAGCAAAGAAGAGUGUUCAUCAAUACCUGAGUCUGUCUGUGGGAGAGGAUCAUACUUACUCUGCUUGUUUUGUGGAUGUAGCAUGGCACCGCCAGGGGACAGUGUGAGUGCCUGGAGCUGUAAGCGAGUGGCCCAGUGGCUGCAGGAAGAAGGCUUCGGGGAGUAUGUGGAGUUAUUGUGUGCCCAGCACCGCCUGGAUGGCCCCAGCCUGCUGGCUCUGACUGAGGCUGACCUGCGCGGGCCUCCACUGGGCCUCACCGUGUUGGGAGACAUCAAGAGGCUGACCAUAGCCCUUCGCCGGCUCCAGAGACAGAACCAGGCCCAGCUGGAGGUGAAGGGUCUCCUGCCUACACACCGCCUCCCUGCUGGGCUCUCGGCGGGCGCCGCAGGGAGUGAGUGGAGCUGUGAUGAGGCUGACAGGAGUUAUAACGGAGGGGAUGGCUUGUGUAACGGGACUGAGCUGAGGUUGAGGAAUGGUCACAGAUCUGGAUACAGUUCAGGAGCUGCAGUGUGUCAUACACACUCCAAUGGGAGGUAUAGGCAGCACCUGGCAGGCAGAUUGGACCCAGAGGUGUGGAAGACGAUCAUCAGUUCCAUAUAUGUCUUUUUUGUGUUUGGAUUCACAUCUUUUGUCAUGGUCAUCGUACAUGAGCGUGUCCCGGACAUGAGGACGUACCCACCACUGCCGGACAUAUUUCUGGACAGUGUUCCCAGAAUCCCCUGGGCUUUUGCAAUGGCUGAGGCCUGUGGCCUCAUCCUGUGUUACAUGUUUCUGUUGAUCCUGCUCCUCCACAAACACAGGUCCAUUCUCUUCAGACGACUGUGUUCUUUGAUGGGAACUGUGUUUUUGCUUCGUUGUUGCACCAUGUUUGUCACCUCGCUCUCUGUGCCUGGGCAGCACCUGAAGUGUGCCAGUAAGACAUACGGGGAUUCCUGGGGAAAGAUACAGAGGGCGUUACUGAUCUGGAGUGGAUUUGGGAUGACUCUGACAGGCGUCCAAACGUGUGGAGACUACAUGUUCAGUGGGCACACUGUUGUUAUCACAUUGCUCAACUUCUUUGUAACUGAAUACACUCCACGAACCUGGAAUCUGAUUCACACCAUCUCCUGGGUGUUGAACCUGUUUGGGAUUUUCUUCAUCUUGGCUGCUCACGAGCACUACUCCAUCGAUGUCUUCAUCGCCUUCUACAUCACCACCCGCCUCUUCCUCUACUACCACACGUUAGCCAACACCCGUGCCUACCAGCAGAGCAGGAGGGCGCGCAUUUGGUUCCCCAUGUUCUCUUUCUUUGAGUGCAAUGUCAACGGACCUGUCCCCAACCAGUAUCACUGGCCCUUCAACAAACCAGCCUUCAUGAAAACUCUGAUUGGAUAGAGUAGCCUUUUACAGAUCAGAAGCUGCAAUUCGCAUGGACUCUAAUCUUAAAACCUGAAUGAGAAACUUUUUACUUGAUAUGCUGCUUUUUAUCUUUGGAUGGUUAUAAGUGUACUAUGUAUUAUUAGAGUUUCUCCCCCCUCCCCGAUUUGUAUAAAUGGAUGUUUUUUUAUUUUGGCAACUAAUCUUAUGUUUAAAGGAAUAGUUUGACAUUUUGGGAUAUAUGCUUAUUUGCGUUCUUCCCGAAAGUUUGAUUUGAAGAUACAGUACCACUCUGAGAGUGGUAUCGAUCUUCUCAUCUCAGAGUUAGAUGAGAAAGCGAAUACGUUUAUUUCCCAAAAUAUUAAACUAUUAUUUUUUUAAGUUAAAGGCACAGUACUGCCAAGUAAAACAAAGAAAUGUAGUUUAUUAUGAGGCAUCUGCAGGUACGUAUAUUUUCAUGGAGAUUUAUUUGCCUUUGGUUAAUCACUUUUAUUGUUUAUGUUCCUCUUUGGAGAUGUUUAAGGUUCACGUGUGGUUUGGGUUGUAGUGCAGGUUGGUACUGUAGUUGUGGGUUUUUGGGAGUUGUUGUGGUGACAGUUUACAUUUUGUUUUGCUGCAAAGAGAUUUGACACGUUUGGUGACUACUGCCAAAGGAGCAUUUGUUUCUUUUGAUGUGCAAUGGGAAAAAACAAUUUGUCUUCUCCUCAAAAAGAGCUCUGUUUCAGUCACUGUUUUGUUUUUUCGUUUACACUUUAUAAAUUGAACUCUACAUAGUGUUGUAUGAAUAGUGUAGCUUUUUUUUUACAUUUACACUUAAACUCAACCAAAUAUCUGAACAUGUAUUGUAUUGUUCAAUUUUGCCAAUCGGUCCUUAGUAUAAUUCUCUCGUUAUCCUAAUUUGAUACUGUGUUCUGUUUUUUUUGUUGUUGUUUUUUACAGAUUGUUAAUUAUGUAAUGAGUAUAGAAAUAUAUGGAGAUGGAUUUUGUUGAAGUUUUAUUGUUCAGAGUUUUCCUCUGUUGCACAGUGCAAAGACUUGCUGUUUGGAUUACAAAGUUUCCAAAGUACAGUACAGGCCAAAAGUUUGGACACACCUUCUCAUUCAAUGCGUUUCCUUUUUAUUUUCAUGACUAUUUACAUUUUAGAUUUUCACUGAAGGCA